AUGACAUGGCAGCUAUUUGAGAAGUUCGUGGCGUUGUACCGUUGCGUGAAAUCGGUUGCCUAUUGUGGAGCUCCAGUGAGUCUGUCCGAGUUUCACGUUGGCGCUCGCUUUGGCUGGAUCGCUGGCAUUGGCAUUGGAGAACAGCAUGCACGCAAGGUUGUCGAGGCUAUCAAGCAAUAUCCUACAAAGUCCAGUGCGAUUGCCCGUGCAAUCGCCGGAGGGAAUGGCGUGUCGAUUUCUACUGAUCGCGGAGAAGUUGACAUUCAUGAGAUGGACUCCAUUGUCAUCAAUGGAACCAGUGCUCCAGCUGGAGAUCUUUUUUCGCUCGUGCAGCUGAUUAUCGGCGACCAGCAACAAGCCCCUUGCAACGAAGUUCUUCAAUGCAAGCUGCUGCAGUCAAAACGGAAGAUAACCGCGGAAAUGUACGAGGAAGAGAUGCAGAAAGCCGUGGACCAGAACGUGGACGUGUUCUUGCUCAUUACGGCAGCGGAAGCAGACUCUUUCCCUCUUCCUCCGCGCUGCGGGCUGGUGUCAAAAAGCGAGUUUGACGAAUAUUUCGGACUGUUCGCGUGUCGUGCGUACCGCAGUUUCCAGGCACCGAAUAUCAACUUCGCUUCGUAUCAUGAGCUGUGUUGA